GUCAAAAAUGGCGGAGUACGUACAGGUUUUCCGAAGGGCUGUAGGCCAAUUGAGGGGACAUGGUGGUGUCCGUGGGUUUCUCCUUCAGUUAUUUAGGGUGAAUGACGUGAAAACGGGGACACUGGUUGGUGAGGACAAGUAUGGGAACAAGUAUUACGAGGACAACCGCUACUUUUUCGGUCGGCACCGAUGGGUGAUCUACACGACACAGAUGAAUGGCAAGAACACACUGUGGGAGGUGGAUGGGAGCAUGGUCCCUGCAGAAUGGCAUCGCUGGCUGCACUGUAUGACCGAUGAUCCCCCAACCACUCACCCUCCUGAGCCGAAAAAGUUCCUAGCAGAGGUGCAUCAGUUCAACGUGAGCGGCACGUCUGACUGCUACGUGCCGUACUCCACCACCAGAAAGAAGAUCCAUGAGUGGGUGCCCCCAAAGGCUGGGCAGCAGUGACCUUUUCCAUCACCCUUCGCCAACCUUAGCACCAUCCUGUCUGUGGAUCCUGUUUGUAAAUUAUAACCGAGAUGUAUAGUGCUCAAUAAUAAAAAAAUAAAAAUAACUG